GUUGGGAAGGGUAGGGAGGUGGGGGAAGGGAGGGGAGAAGAGAACCAACAGAAAGUCUCAGAAUAUUUGCUAAGGAGGUGACUCAGCAGCAGGAGACUCAAUUCCCUCCACCCAUCUGGGAUUCUUGUUUGUUUGUUUGUUUUCAGGACAGGGUUUCAUUGUGUCCCUUGCUGUCCUAGAACUCACUAUGUAGACCAGGCUGGCCUUGAACUCACAGAGAUCUGCCUGCCUCUACCUCAUGCUGGGAUUAAAGGCAUGUAUCACCACUGCCCAGCCCAUCUGUAAUUCCUGUUCCAGGAGAUUCAAUGUCAUUUCAAUGCCAUCUCUGGCUUCCCUGGGUACCAGGUAUGCAUAUGGUAUACAUAUAGACAUACACAUGUAGGCAAAACAUCCAUUUAUAUAAAAUUAAAUAAAAUGCCUUAACACCAACAAGAUUAAUAACCAUAGGUUAUUAGAUGAAAAUCCCAAUGUCAGAGAUAGGAAUUGCCUACCUCUGUUGUUAGAUAGAAAGCACACACACACACACACUACAAGCAAUUGUCAAUGUUUCUGGGUUUCCAUCAGAACUAAGAUCUUGCUGCCAAAGGUGACAUAUGCUUCGGUUGCAAGACAUACUGAAAUCAAGCUGGUGCUAAGAAGCUUCCUUUCUGGUGGCUAACUGGUGCUCUGCAGGCUGCUGGGGAGGCUGGUCACCAACAUUGUUAUUUAGCUGUGGACAUCUAUACAAUAACGCCUACUGGCAAUAUGAGCCCUGGGGCAAUGGCAGCAGGUCUCUUCAGCAGAUAACCAGCAGCUUUCUGAGUGGAUUUGAUGCCCUUGCCAUCUACAUGGUACUAUAAAUCUGGUUAAAUGCUCUGGCUGGGGGAAAAGAAAAACAAAACAAAACAACAGCAGCAACAACAACCAAAACCUCUGGCUGGGAGGUCAUAGGCCCUUAUAGGGCAUCCACUGCUGUCGUUUUGCAAAGCGGACGUGAUGCGCCUGUCUAACUGCCUUCUAGAUAACUUUCUGUCUAUAGAGUAGUGGUGCUUUCAGUUUUGGUCAGAGAACGUACUGUCUGCAGUGAUAGGCAGUGACUGCAGAGACAACUCUGGUCAGAGUUCUGAGAAUAAACCACUGGUGAGUGCUCAGGAAUAAAUGGGACACCUACAUCACCCCUCCCCACCCCAAAACCCAGGGAGCACUCCCAGAGAAGGGACAGAGAGAGAUUAUUUAUUAACUUUUUCUUUUAACUUUUCUUUUGUUUUGAGACAGAAUUUUACUGUGUAGAUCAGGCUGGUCUUAAAACUCACAGAAAUCUGCCUGCCUCUGUCUCCUGAGUGCCAGGAUUUAAAGGCCUAUCUUUCCAGUGUAAAGGCAGGCGAAGGCGGUUGAAGAGGUGGGGAAUGCUAAUCUCUAAGUGGGACUUGGGUGUUACACUCUUGAGCUCAUGGAAGCUGUGCCACUCGUAGAGGAUCCACACAAACUUGAGUUUGUGUCAACUCAACACUCUGUCGCGGAGGGUAAGGGAUUCAUGGAGUCCCACCCCAGCCUGAAGAUCUCUAUGCCGGUAAUGGUUGGCAGGGAAGGGAGAGAAGUCAUCUUCAGUGUGAGACUCUGGUAAGCUAUGCAUGCUCCCCUAAACUACCCUAAUGAAGCUCACUGGGAUUGAAAACUAAAAAAGACAUGAAAGUGGGAGGCAGGAGAUGGUUGGCAAGAGGAGAGGGGUUAGGUGUGAAGAGAAGAGAGGGUAAGACUGAAUGCGUAGUGUAAUCGGAAUGCAUUAACUACAAUAUGAAAAUGUCAUGUAAUCCAUUAUGUGUGACUAAUGUAUGAUAAUAAUGUUCCUCUUUCUAUUUUUAUGGCCUACACACACACACACACACACACACACACACACACACACACACACACACACUUAAAUCUAGAUUCUCUGUUUAAGGGGAAAAAACAUGUAAUACUUGCCUUUCUGAGUCUGGCUUAAAUUUCAUAUUUUCAUAUAAUUUUAUUUAUAGUUAACUUAGGAUUUUUAAAGUAUUUAACUUUUGAGACAGUGUCUUGCUAUAUAUAGUUCAGAUAGGCCUGCACUUUGUAACCAUUCUCCUAUCUGAGCCUCCUCAGUGCUAGUGUUACAAGUAUAUUCCAUUAUACCCUGAAGAAUGUUGUAUUCUUUUUAAAAAUAAAGCUUCCCCAUAUUUUGUAUGUUUUAAAAUAGUCAAAUAUUGCAUCAUUUAGAGUAGCAAGAAAUUUCCUGUUGUUGCUAGACAAGGAUAAUCUCAGAGAUUUGUUUUAGUCUCAGGAAAUAUUGCUGAAGAAUUAUGGUUCAUUUUAAUUUGUGUGAACUACAUUUGAAAUUCUUUAUGUGAAAUACUAACUUCAAAUUGCCUGCCAAGGGUUCAAUGAAGAGGGUGCAGCGUGUUUUGUGUUCAAAAUCAUGAUUUUCUGAAGGGAGUUUGAAUAGUGUAAAACCAGAAAGGGUUGCUAAUAUCUUAAUAGAGGAAGUCCAAACUACACCUUUCCCAGUUUUUUUUUUUAACUUGAAACUAAUUUUGUAACAUUCUGUUUACUGAACUUCCUCAUUUGCAAGGGUUUUCACACUGAAUUAGAUCUUGAGUGGAUUUGUGCCCAUCGAAGAGAGGAUUUAUGCAAACGGAGAUGUGGAAGCAUUCUCUGGAAUAACCUGCCUUGUUAAGGCACUGAUACCACAGAUGUGGACGGCUCCCUGAAACGCGAUCUUUUCUGAGAUAGGCUCUGUAGGAUCAAAAUGUCAACAUGUCUUCAUGAAUUCUUCAGCCUCUUUCAUUCUUCCUCCCUCCCCUUCUGAGAGAGAGAGAGAGAGAGAGAGAGAGAGCGCUCACUUUGUUUCUCAGGUGUCUCAAACUCUGAGACUCAAGUGAUCUUGCAGCUGGGGACAGUCCUGAGGAGCUGGGACUGCACCACCUCUCCUCAAUUCUCUCCAGACAGGCUGACCUAGAUAGAAUCUGUAUGGUUCUCAGCAAGCAAUAUUUUAGCUUUAGUUCCGUUUUGUCCUUUCGCUGUUUGCUAGCAGUGCGUUCUGGGGAUAUUGUGCUAACUGCCUCCCCGGUGCUUCCCAUCCUGUGUAGAGCUGUACUCUCAGUGUUUGCAAAGCUACUGGAGGUCUGAAGAAGUACAGAGACCAACACUUCCCUUAAUGAGGGCCAGUACUUCCCCAGUCACGGGUGAGAUGGACCAUCAGAAGCAGUGGACUUUGCUUCCUCUAAAAGAAAAACGUGAGGUUUAUAAUGGAAGCUUGACAAAUUCUGAAACAAAAUGCCCGCUUGAUGAGCAGAGCAGGGCAUAGGUGGGCGUCACCCAGGCCUUUCUGCUCACUGGGAUGUGAAAAGCUGAACUCACAGACUCUUGCUCUGCGGCAUGGACCAAAGAGAAAUUCUGCAGCAACUACUGAAAGAAGCCCAGAAAAAGAAACUCAACAGUGAGGAGUUUGCCAGUGAAUUUCUGAAGCUGAAAAGGCAAUCCACCAAGUACAAGGCCGACAAAAUCUAUCCUACAACUGUGGCUCAGAGGCCCAAGAAUAUCAAGAAAAACAGAUACAAGGAUAUUUUGCCCUAUGAUCACAGCCUGGUAGAGCUGUCUCUGUUAACUUCCGAUGAGGAUUCCAGUUAUAUCAAUGCCAGCUUUAUUAAGGGUGUCUAUGGACCCAAGGCUUAUAUUGCUACCCAGGGUCCUUUAUCUACAACUCUCCUGGACUUCUGGAGGAUGAUUUGGGAGUACCGCAUCUUGGUCAUUGUCAUGGCAUGUAUGGAGUUUGAAAUGGGAAAGAAAAAAUGUGAGCGUUAUUGGGCCGAACCAGGAGAAACGCAGCUGCAAUUUGGCCCCUUUUCUAUAUCCUGUGAAGCUGAGAAAAAGAAAUCUGAUUAUAAAAUCAGGACUCUGAAGGCCAAGUUCAAUAAUGAAACUCGAAUUAUUUACCAGUUUCAUUAUAAGAAUUGGCCAGACCAUGAUGUGCCUUCAUCUAUAGACCCUAUUCUUCAGCUCAUCUGGGAUAUGCGUUGUUACCAAGAAGAUGACUGUGUUCCUAUAUGCAUUCACUGCAGUGCCGGCUGCGGAAGGACAGGUGUCAUUUGUGCUGUUGAUUAUACAUGGAUGCUGCUGAAAGAUGGGAUAAUUCCUAAGAACUUCAGUGUUUUUAAUUUGAUUCAGGAGAUGCGAACACAGAGGCCUUCGCUAGUUCAAACUCAGGAACAGUACGAACUGGUCUACAGUGCUGUGUUAGAGCUGUUUAAGAGGCACAUGGAUGUUAUCUCUGAUAAUCACCUUGGAAGAGAGAUUCAAGCACAAUGCUCAAUUCCUGAACAAAGCCUCACGGUAGAAGCUGACUCUUGUCCUCUGGAUUUACCAAAAAACGCCAUGAGGGAUGUGAAAACGACAAACCAGCAUAGCAAACAAGGGGCUGAAGCGGAGAGCACUGGAGGGUCUUCCCUUGGCCUUAGGACUUCUACGAUGAAUGCCGAGGAAGAGUUGGUUUUGCACUCGGCUAAAUCAAGCCCUUCUUUUAACUGUUUAGAGCUAAACUGCGGGUGUAACAACAAGGCUGUCAUAACCAGGAACGGGCAGGCAAGGGCUUCUCCAGUCGUGGGAGAGCCCCUUCAGAAGUAUCAAAGUCUGGAUUUUGGUUCCAUGUUGUUUGGGUCGUGUCCUAGUGCUCUGCCCAUAAACACAGCGGACAGGUAUCACAAUUCAAAGGGGCCGGUAAAACGGACCAAAUCAACUCCCUUUGAACUGAUUCAGCAGAGAAAAACAAAUGACUUGGCCGUGGGAGACGGUUUUUCAUGCCUGGAAUCUCAGCUGCAUGAGCAUUACAGUCUCAGGGAGCUGCAGGUGCAAAGAGUGGCCCAUGUUUCUUCAGAAGAGCUGAAUUAUUCACUGCCUGGUGCCUGUGAUGCGUCGUGUGUGCCCCGGCACAGCCCCGGCGCUUUGAGAGUGCAUCUGUACACAUCUUUAGCGGAAGAUCCUUAUUUUUCAUCAUCCCCUCCGAAUAGUGCUGAUUCGAAGAUGUCUUUUGAUCUGCCUGAGAAACAGGAUGGAGCCACUUCCCCUGGCGCUCUAUUGCCAGCCUCUUCUACAACCUCCUUCUUUUAUAGCAACCCACACGACUCCCUAGUGAUGAACACUCUGACCAGCUUUUCCCCACCGUUAAACCAAGAGACAGCUGUAGAAGCUCCUUCUCGGAGGACAGAUGAUGAAAUCCCCCCGCCACUCCCUGAACGGACACCCGAGUCUUUUAUUGUGGUUGAGGAAGCCGGAGAGCCCUCACCACGUGUUACCGAAUCCUUACCUCUGGUGGUAACAUUUGGAGCAUCACCAGAAUGCAGUGGGACAUCUGAAAUGAAGAGCCAUGACUCUGUAGGGUUUACACCAAGCAAGAAUGUGAAACUCCGAAGUCCCAAAUCAGAUCGACAUCAGGAUGGUUCUCCUCCACCUCCUCUCCCAGAAAGAACUCUAGAGUCCUUCUUUCUUGCUGAUGAGGACUGUAUACAGGCCCAAGCCGUGCAAACUUCUUCUACUAGCUAUCCUGAAACCACAGAGAACUCCACAUCUUCUAAACAAACAUUGAGGACCCCUGGAAAAAGUUUCACAAGGAGUAAGAGUUUGAAGAUUUUUCGAAAUAUGAAAAAAAGUGUUUGUAAUUCUUCCUCACCAAGCAAGCCUACAGAACGUGUUCAGCCAAAAAAUUCCAGCUCCUUUCUGAAUUUUGGUUUCGGAAAUCGUUUUUCAAAACCCAAAGGACCAAGGAACCCGCCAUCAGCUUGGAAUAUGUAACGCACCUCUGGAUUUAUAAGAAUAUUUGUUAAAAUUGUACCUGCAGAUAAAGCUACUUGAAUACUGCUAUAAUAAUAAUAUCAGUAAUGAGGAUAUAUUUUGUCAAUAGUCUUGAAAAGGAAAGCAAUAUGUGACAAACUUCCAGCAAACUUGUAUUUUCAUAUUCCUUAUAUUUCACUGGGAACUGCCAAUAAAGUUUGUACUUCAGUUUA